AUGCGUGAUUCGUCUACCUGGCUGCGCAGAUCAGUGUACGAACCCGAAGCACCACAAUCGACCUGGUUCUUCCGAGCCACUGCCAUCGCGGCCUCCUGGAUCGUUCUCGCAGGGUACUCCUUCUUUACCGUCGCCCUCACCGCGCCAAGAGAAGACCUCAAGUGGCGUGCAGAUGUGCUCGGUGCACUCGGCGGCAUCGCCCUCGCCUCGGGCUACGCCGGCGCCACGAUAGCAUUCAUAUUCUCAAAGUCGCUAAGAUUCAAGCUCGACAGCGUUGUGCUUCCAGUCCUGCUGUCAAGCAUCGGAGGACUCUUCGAGUUCGUCCUCAACUAUGUCCUGCACGAGACGAUCCCCGUAACUGGUGCCUACAUAUACAUUCCUUUGGUUACAGCCUGCGUCUUCAGCCUGCUCCUCGCCGGAGCUGCCCUGUACAUCAACACGCGACUGAAGAUCCAGAAAGCCGUCGAGUCCUCCCGGAAAAGCCAGCUCGAGCUCAACUACAACCACACCAUCCACGCCGAUGAGAGUGGCCGUCCACCCAGCAUCUACGCCGAACCGCCAGCCUCCGCCAUCUCCGCAUCCUCGGUGCCCUUCCUCUCACACUCCCAACCGCCAGCCAUCACCAACUCCGCAUACCAUGGCCUCGGCCCGCGUUCUGCCAUCUCGCCCACCCCUCCACUUCCUCAUAGCCUCUCGACGAUGCCAAUGCCACCGCCCCUCCGGCACAUGACCUCGACAGAGAUGCACAAUGCCGAGAUGAACAUUCCCGAGGACGAGGCGCAACGACGCCAGCUCUUGCGGUUGCUGAUCGCGAAAGAGCAAGAAGAACAGCCAGACCCAUCAGGUGCUGGUGGCAGGGGAGCGGCAAACCCCAGCCCUGAGCCCUCAGGCGCAAGCAGCACAUACCGCAUCGACUGGCCUGGGGCCACCAGCAGUGACGACGAAGACGAUGCGAUGCUCUACACCGACGAAGACAGGGAGAACAACCGAAGUCGCCUCUCGAACCGUGGGCGUGGGACUAGGGAGUACACUGGCUCCGGCGGACCAGGCCUAAGUGUUCCAAGUGCAACGGAGCUGAACUUUCCGCCACCGCCCAAAGAGGCCGACAAGGGGAAGAGGUGGAGCCUUGGCAAUCUGUUGAGUUCAGGAGGCGGUAAGAAGGCACAGCCAGAACCGGUGGACAUGCCGUCAACUAUGCCCACCCGAGCAAAGACGGUCGCGGAUAUCAAGAUGGAGAGGCAUCAAGAAAGAGAGCGGAGGAGGAUGGAGAUUGAGCGGAGUACUUUGCAGGAAGGCGGGCUGGGAGCUUGA